AUGGACCCUUCCGGUGGCCCCAACAAUGCCGCCCUGCACGAUGCGCGCCGACGACGAGGCUCGGUCGGAACAUCCCAGCUGUUCGAUAACAUUGUUUCGGCAUCGAACUUCGACCGCGACGAGGUGGACCGACUCCGCAAGCGAUUUAUGAAACUGGAUAAAGAUAGCUCGGGGACCAUUGAUCGAGACGAAUUCCUUUCCCUUCCGCAGGUGUCAUCGAACCCGCUCGCUACGAGAAUGAUCGCCAUCUUCGACGAAGACGGCGGCGGUGACGUCGACUUCCAAGAGUUCGUGUCUGGUCUCUCGGCAUUCAGCUCCAAGGGCAACAAGGAGGAGAAGCUGCGGUUCGCAUUCAAGGUCUACGAUAUCGAUCGCGACGGAUACAUCUCCAACGGCGAACUCUUCAUCGUCCUGAAGAUGAUGGUCGGCAACAACCUGAAAGACGUCCAGUUGCAGCAGAUCGUCGAUAAGACCAUCAUGGAGGCCGAUAAGGAUCAGGACGGCAAGAUCAGCUUCGAAGAGUUUACCGAUAUGGUGGAGAAUACGGAUGUUAGUUUGAGUAUGACGUUGAAUCAAUUCUAA